UUCCAAUGGAGAUCUUCAACAUAUCCAGGCUAAGAGUGAUUUCUCUUUCAUUCAACAAUCUAUCAGGAAGCCUCCCACCAAACAUGUGUUCUGUCAUACCAAACAUUGAAGUGAUUUAUCUGACCUUUACCAAUCUUGUUGGGACUAUUCCUCAUUCCAUCUCCAAUUGUUCAAAGCUUACUCGUCUAGAGCUUGCAGGCAACAAACUCACUGGCUUGAUUCCCAACUCACUUGGAUAUUUGACUCAUCCACAGUAUCUUAAUUUAGGGGGAAACAAUUUAACCAGCGACUCAUCAUUAAGGUUCCUGACUUCCUUAACCAAUUGCAGAAAUUUAACAUUUUUUAUUCUAACUUUAAACCCUCUAAACAGCAUUCUUCCAGUCUCUGUAGGGAACUUUACCACAUCUCUUAUAAGAUUUUUCGCAAGCAGUUGCAAUAUCAAAGGGAGACUGCCCAAUGAUUUUGGGAACUUAAGCAGCUUAUUAGACCUUGACCUUUCUGCAAACAAUUGGCAACUUGAGAAACCUUCAGCGCUUCAACUUGAGUAUCAACAAACUUACAGGAUUUUUUGGAGAUUAUAUAUGUAAAUUUCAGCAUUUGGGUGCUAUUUACGUAGGUCAAAAUCAACUCUCAGGGUCUCUUCCUAAUUGUUUAGGGAAUAUUACUUCCAAUAUACCACCAAGCUUAGGAAGCCUUCAAGAUCUAGUGGUUCUUGACUUAUCGUCAAACAACAUGGUAGGUUCUUUACCUCCAAGAAUUGGAAAUCUAAAGUCUGCAACAAAGAUGGAUCUAUCAAUGAAUCAAUUCUCAAAUGGAAUUCCUAGAGAAAUUGGAGAAUUACAAAAUCUGGCACACCUUUCUUUGAGACACAACAAGUUGCAAGGAGCUAUACCUGACUCAAUGAGCAACAUGGUAGGUUUGGAAUUCCUAGACCUUUCUCACAAUAAUAUAUCUGGAAUCAUUCCUAAGUCUUUGGAGAAACUUCAAAACUUGAAGUAUUUCAAUGUUUCUGUCAACAAAUUGUAUGGUGAAAUGCCCUCGGGGGGUCCUUUCAUGAAGGAUUCCCCAUGAAUUCGGAAACCUCACAUUUCUUGUUUAUAUUGACUUGGAAAGCAACAAUUUCCAGGGAAAUUUGCCUCAAGAAAUUACACGCUUGCGUCGGCUCAAGUUUCUUGAUUUAAGUUUCAACAACUUCAGUGGGAAGGUUCCUUCUUGGUUUGGAAUUUUACACCAACUUCAAUUUUUAAGUCUUACGAAUAAUAGUUUCACUGGUUCCAUCCCUUGUUCAUUUUCUAAUAUUUCCACACUUGAGACUUUGAAUCUGAAUUUCAAUUACAUAGAGGGCCAAAUACCAAAAGUGAUUGGAAGUCUUUUAAACCUUAGAGUAUUAAAAUUGAGGGGUAACAAUCUCAUAGGCUCUAUUCCUCUGUUGCUCUUGAAUGCCUCAAGGUUGGAGACUUUAGAUAUAUCUUAUAAUUCACUUCAAGGAAACAUUCCAGAAGGGAUCGGCAAUCUUCACAACAUGAAAGUGCUAUCCAUACAAUAUAAUCAACUUAUGAGUUCUAUACCAUUCACAAUUUUCAAUAUUUCUAGGAUCGAAGUCAUUGCAUUUACUGGCAAUAGCUUAUCAGGAAGUCUUCCCAAUGGUUUAUGCAAUGGUGUCCCAAUACUCGAAGGGCUUUAUCUGUCUUAUAACAAGCUUCACGGUCAUAUGCCUACAAGCUUAGCAAAUUGUUCACAACUUCAACUUUUGUCUUUAACGGGCAAUGAGUUUGAUGGACCAAUACAUAGUGAAAUUGGAAGAUUGAGUACCUUGCAGUUUUUGUAUCUCGGAAGUAACCAUUUCACGGGUGAAAUACCCAAAGAGAUAAGCAAUCUCAUUGAGUUGGAGGAACUUGAUCUUUCGACCAAUAAUUUUAGUUGUUCACUUGAUAUGGAGACCUUCAACAUAUCGGGGCUGAGAAUACUUGGUCUUACAGACAACGAUCUAUCAGGAAGCCUCCCACCAAAUAUAGGUUCUAUGUUACCCAACAUUGAAGUGCUUUAUCUGGGCAACUUAACCAAUCUUGUUGGGACUAUUCCUCAUUCCAUAUCAAAUUGUUCAAAACUUACUAUUCCAGAGCUUACAACAAACUCACAGGCUUGAUUCCCAAUUCACUUGGAUAUUUGACUCAUCUACAGUUACUAAAUCUAGGGGAAAACAAUUUAACCAGUGAUUCAUCAUUAAGCUUCCUGACUUCCUUAACCAAUUGUAGAAAUUUAGCGUAUCAUUCUCUAUAUCUUAACCCAAUAAAUGGCAUACUUCCAGUCUCUGUAGGGAACUUUUCUAAGUCUCUAAUGAAAUUUUACGCCAGCAGUUGCAAAAUCCGAGGGCGAAUUCCAAUUGAAGUUGGGAACUUAAGCAGCUUAUUAGACCUUGAUCUUUCUGGAAAUAACUUGGUCGAAUCAAUUCCAACAUCAAUUGGCAAGUUGAGAAGCCUUCAGCGCUUCGUGUUGACUAACAACAAAUUAACAGGAACUAUUGGAGAUAAUUUUUGUAAAUUGCAGCGUUUGGAUGCUAUUUACUUCAGUCAAAAGCAACUUUCAGGGUCUCUUCCUUAUUGUUUAGGGAAUAUUACUUCCCUUAGGGAGAUACAUGUGGGCUCCAAUAAAUUGAGUUCCAAUAUACCACUAAGCAUAGGGAAACUUCAAGAUCUAGUGGUUCUUCACUUAUCGUCAAACAAGAUGGUAGGUUCUUUACCUCCAGAAAUUGGAAAUCUAAAGGCUGCGACCCAGAUGGAUCUGUCGAUGAAUCAAUUCUCAAAUGAAAUUCCUAGAGAAAUUGGAGGCUUACAAAAUUUGGCGUACCUUUCUUUGAGACAUAACAAGUUGCAAGGACCUAUACCUGACUCAAUGAGCAACAUGAUAGGUUUGGAAUUCCUAGACCUUUCUCAUAAUAAUAUAUCCGGAAACAUUCCUAAGUCUUUGGAGAAACUUCAAAACUUGAAGUAUUUCAAUAUUUCUAUCAACAAAUUGUAUGGUGAAAUACCCUCAGGAGGUCCUUUCAGGAACCUCUCGAGUGAGUUUUUCAUCUACAAUGAAGCAUUGUGCGGUUCUUCAAGAUUUAGUGUCCCACCAUGCCCCACUUCAGCAAAGCACAAAUCAAAUAGGAAAAAAUUGCUUGUUCUAUUUCUUCUGCUAGGACUUGCACUUCUAUUUGUUCCCAUCUCUUUUGUGUUCGUAUGGAUAAGGUAUAGGCAAGGUAAAAGAGUUCCUCAACAAGAUGAUUCAUUGUCCACCAUAACAAGAGAAAGAAUUUCAUACUAUGCAUUGCUCCAAGCAACUGAUGAGCUUAGUGAGUGUAAUCUGAUUGGUUCGGGAAGUUUUGGCACUGUUUACAAAGGCGUUCUCAGAAGUGGAGCUGUCAUUGCAGUUAAAGUGUUCAGUCUGCAACUGGAUGCGGGAUUCAAGAGUUUCGAUACAGAAUGUGAAGUUUUACGGAACCUUCGCCAUAGGAAUCUCGUGAAAGUCAUUACUAGUUGUUCCAAUCUUGAUUUUAAGGCUUUAGUGCUCGAGUAUAUGUCUAAUGGAAGUCUUGAGAAGCAUUUGUAUUCGCACAACUACUUCUUAGACAUAAGGCAGAGGCUAAGCAUAAUGAUAGAUGUGGCGUGUGCGUUGGAAUAUCUUCACCAUGGGUCCUCAUCGACUGUGAUCCACUGUGAUCUGAAGCCUAGUAACGUCUUGCUGGAUGAGAAUAUGGUUGCCCACCUCAGCGACUUUGGCAUUUCAAAACUGCUUGGUGAAGAUCAGAGUGAUUUGUACACUAAAACCUUAGCAACAUUGGGGUAUAUUGCACCAGAGUAUGGACUGGAUGGAAUAGUGUCUACAAAGUGUGACGUCUAUAGUUACGGGAUCAUGUUGCUUGAAACGUUUACCAGGAGAAAGCCUAAUGAGUUUGAUGGAGAUCUUAGCUUGAAGCAAUGGGCAAGUUAUUCACUCCCAGAAGCAGUAAUGGACAUUGUAGAUGUCAACUUGGUAACACCACAGGGUAAUCAGAAGGAGCUAGAUGUUGUGGCUUCAAUCAUGGAAGUUGCAUUAGAUUGUUGUGCUGAAUCUCCGGCAAGAAGGACAAACAUGAAAGAUGUUGUAGGGAUGCUGCAGAUCAAGAUUCAACUUCUUCUUGCAUAUUGAACAUGGUUUUGGAAUCUGUUGUUCCAAUCACAUGUCUUUGGAAUCUGUUCCAUAUUUACAACUCUGAUUGGGAUGUAAAAGACUUGGUUGAUUUGGUGGUAUUAGUAUUGAUAUGACCCAAACAUUUAUGGUCUGUUCAAACCAUCAAAAAUUAUAAAGGCCAGAGAAUCGCGUCUAAAUUUCAUAUUAGGGGAAGUAUUUUAUUAGUAAAUAUUAUGAAUUAAGCAAACUAAGGUUAUGUUUUUAGUGACUUUAACAAAAGUUUUGUAAAAGAGGACCUUUUGCCUUAAAAAA